GAGCUUGAUGAUAAGGUGAUGCAGCCUGAUGAGUCGGAAUCGGAGUGAUUUACAAUAUUUCUUGAUCCGGAGUAUGCGAGGAUGCGAUCGCCCGCGGCAAUAUACCGAUCCUUAUCGCGCGUUUAACAGACUGGUGGGAGACACGCUAUGAGGGUCCGUGGUCGCGAAUUUGCAGGUCUAAUGCUGGACUUGGCCCACUGAGCUUGGCGACUCAGUGUUUCAGCAUUCUUGAUGCUGGGUGGGCUGCGCUUGGUCCUAAGUUUUGGGCUGGCGCGCCUUCCUUGCUAAACCAUCUCGCAGCGCCUACUUCUCUAGAAUUCGCAACAGUCACGCAGUAUAUCAGAAGCUCUCAAACUCUGCUGAGUCGUUGGAAGAGUUCACCUAAACACACUCGCAAUAUCCUACAUUCUUAUCAACGAUCCUGCUUGCACAGUCUUUACCCCUCACACUUUCUUACAGAGGCCUCCCUAAUAUGACAACAUGGAUAAGACCAGAAUUGGCUACAUUGAUUGCAGGGUCCAACCCGGGAAAUUCUCCCAGGAACCAGUCGGUACCCCCAAGCGCAUAAAGCCUGCAUUCGAUACACGGUUUUUCAAGGGCGUGUACUAUCUGGAUGGAGAACUUGCCGGUGCCAUCCCAACCUCAAUCGAGCUCAAUAUCAUUGAUCAGCGGACUUUGGUGGUCUGCGGCAUAAUGGAGCGCGCAUACCCUAAUGACUCCCGAGUUCCCCCGUCGGAACUAGCAGCGCUUGAAAACGAUAUGGACGCGGUGCUGCAGCAGAUAUUAGGUGCAAUAGAAAAGGACCACGAAAAUCCACAAUAUGAGACGGCUGGAAUCGGGGACGACAUCCCUUCCAGUGAAGAAGCUCAGGUGUCCUCAGACGGACAAAGCGGUACGGAUCUCGAAGUAACGUCGAAACCGGCUUUGCCGCGAGAGAAAAAUCGCCAGGGCGAGGGGAGUCGACAGAAUUUGCGUGUCUACAUAACCCCGCAACUUCGAGAAAAAGACAAAGGAAAGGGCCUGGCCAAAGGAAUUUUGCGGAAGCCAGGAAAUGACAAUGACGAGCCUGGGAGUGACGAUGAUCUGCAGGAUCGAACAGACUUCGAUGAGCGGACCAACCUACACGAUGACUAUGGUGAACACCCGGAUCCCUCAAAGACCUGGGUCUGGCUGUUGGCUGAACGAAGGGUUGGCCGGUUCUUUCGCUCCUUCCGCUUCAAGAGACCGAUCAACUGGAAUGCCGCGCAAAGCCUCUUUAUGGGAGGUCUUCUUCUCCUGAAGCUUCCGGUGGUUGUGGUGCCGAAGAAACGCGUUCAUUUCGAGCUGGUUUGUGAUUAGGAUAGUGCUAGCAUGCUAUUGUUCAUGCUGGUAGGUAGAUAGUGAUCAGAUAGCCAAGGAUACUGAUAUUAUCUAACAUGUCGGGUCGCUAGUGACAGAAGGUAUAAUCAACUGAUUGAAGAUACCCGUAAAGACCGACCGCAAAUGAUCCAAUGCAUAUUCU